CAACAGGGACUUGACCCCAGCUUGGAAGGAUAUGAGUGCCUCGGCGAUCUACCUGAUUGGUCGUUUGUAGAUCGGUGCCCCACCCCAUCAGGGAAGGGGCAGAUUCAUUGCAAGCAAGACAAUGAGGCAUUUGUGCGUUGGGUGGCCAUGUUGUCCCAGGACAUGGACCGAUGGCUGCAAAAAUGCGAGGUCCAACAGCACAAGAAACAGGAGGCCACGGAAACCAAAAGGCAGAACCAGCUGCAGCCUUCCAUCAACUGA